AUGCGAUGGUCCGGGGGGUUCAGUUGCGUGAUAUGUCUGGACGCGCUCGCCCGAGCCAAGCGAGCAGCCGCGGGAAUCCCUGAGAAACCGCCGGUUACUGUAGCAGCGGCCAGAUUCGCGGAAGAGGGGGAGGAUGAGGGGGAAAAGGCGGGGGACGAGGGGAAGGCGGGGGGAGGCGGAAAAUGGCUAGCGGACGGAGAUGAUGCGGGAGGGGGUAGAGGGGAUGGAGAGGGAGGGGGAGGAGGGAGUGUGGGGGACAAGAGCGGUGGAGGGGGGAGCAAGGAGAGGCGGCGGUAUCGUGUGACGCGGGGUGAUGAUACGCCCACACACGUGUCCACGGUCACAGACCUCUCAGGCGUCUCCCCCCGGGUGCAGGAUUCCCCUCGUGGCACCUCCUCACAUGCGGACAGAGACACACGAGCAGACACAGCUGCUGGCGCCCGCGAGGCUGACGAGGCAAGCCGAGGUGCUAAAAGAACGCGAGUGGAGCCUGCUGACGUGGCAAACGGUGAUGCUGACAGGGCAGGCUCUGCUAGUUUGGUGACCAAUGGAGGAGAUGUUGGGAGCAGAGAAGAUGCGGAUGGGAGGAGAGGGGAUGGGGAAACAGGGGAAGGGAGAAGGGGGAGCAGGUGGGAUUCGAGAGACAGCAGCAGGAGAGACAAGGGCAGAGAGGGCAGUGACAGAGACAGGGAGAGGAGAGGGGGAGAACGGGACAGCGAUCGAGGCAGGGAUAGGGACUACGACAGGGGCUCAUAUCGCCAUGGGUCAGUGUGGGACCUCCCGUCCCCCUCUCCCGUACCUGUGCGGGCAGGCUCGGCCACGCCUGUCUCCCAGGGUUGGGACGGGGAGGAGAGGGAGGGAAGCGUGCAAGCAGAGGGGGGCAGGGCUCGGCGGUCGCACAAGCUUCGGUUUCGAGCUGACUCGUCCGCUUCGGAGGGUGUUGCAAGCACACGCCGAAGCACAGCGGGAGGCCAGGCGCCGUCGCAGCAAGAGAGCGAGUGGGACACGGACUACCGUGCGGACAGGGAGGCGGGGGAGGGAGGAGGGGCAGGCGCAGAGGAGGAUGAAGGCUUGCGCCGGGAGAUGGAGGAGGCGGAGAGGCAGGCCGACCGCUCCUGGUAUGACUCGGAGGAGGCGGGCAGUGUAUUCGAUUCCGGCGAAGGAAGCAACCCGUUCGGGGGGUUCGGCGACGAGCAAGCCUUCGAGAGGAAGGAGGAGAAGAAAAAGGAAGCGGCUGCACGGCAGCAGCGUAUGGUGCGGUCAGACGGCUCAACCAUGUCGCUGGCGGCCAGCAAGCGCCUCACACAGCUGUCGGCCGACCAGGCGUCGUGGGAGGACAGGCAGUUGAUGCGGUCGGGAGUGGUGCGCAACGCUACAGAGCUCUCCACGGAUAUUGACGACGAGGAUGAGAACCGCGUGCUGCUGCUCGUGCACGAUACAAAGCCGCCGUUCCUGGAUGGGCGCAUAGUGUUCACGAAGCAGCAGGAGCCGGUGAUGCCGCUCAAGGACCCCACGUCUGACAUGGCCAUCAUCGCUCGCAAGGGCUCCGCGCUCGUCAGAGAGAUCCGGGAGAAGCAGCAGCAGAACAAGAGCAGGCAGAAGUUCUGGGAGCUUGCAGGAAGCAAGCUGGGGAACAUCCUAGGCGCCAAGAAAUCUGCUGCUGAUGUGGAUGCAGACACAGCCAAGGUGGACGCGGAGGGCGAGGUGGACUACAAGGACAAUGUGAAGUUUGCGGACCACAUGAAAAGCACGGGCGGUGCUGCCAGUGACUUUGCCAAGAACAAAUCGAUCGCGGAGCAGCGCAUGUACCUGCCCAUCUACUCCGUCAGGGACGAGCUGCUGCAGGUGAUUCGCGAGAACCAGAUUGUGGUGGUGGUGGGCGAGACGGGCUCUGGCAAGACCACACAGAUGACACAGUACCUGCACGAGGAUGGGUAUACGACGUACGGCAUGGUGGGGUGCACGCAGCCGCGCCGUGUGGCAGCGAUGAGUGUGGCCAAGCGAGUGGCGGAUGAGAUGGAGUGCGAGUUGGGCUCCACAGUGGGGUAUGCCAUCCGGUUUGAAGACGUCACCAGCAGCAACACCCUGGUCAAGGUGAGUUGGGUGGCCAUGGAGUGGAAAAGGCAUGCAGUGCAGGCAGGCAAGGGGGGAGUGAGUGGCGGACGGGAUGGAGUGCGAGCUGGGCUCCACUGUGGGUGCGGGCGGGGAAGAGGAGAGAUGGAGUGCGAGCUGGGCUCCACCGUUGGGUAUGCCAUUCGCUUCGAGGAUGUCACCAGCAGCGACACCCUCGUCAAGACAUGCUCUUCCCUUCUCUCGCCUCUCCCCCUUCUGACACCCUCUCUUGUGCCCUCCUCCCCCGUUUCCCCGUGUUCAUCCCCCUCUCUCAGCGCCAUCAUAAUGGACGAGGCACAUGAGCGGUCGCUGAACACGGACGUGCUGUUUGGGGUGCUCAAACACGUGGCAGCACGGCGGAGGGACUUCAAGCUCAUCGUCACCUCUGCUACGCUCAACGCUGACAAGUUCUCCCACUUCUUCGGCAGCGUACCCGUCUUCUUCAUCCCAGGGCGCACCUUCCCAGUGAGCAUCAUGUGGAGCAAGUCACCCUGCGAGGACCCAGUAGACGCAGCAGUCAAGCAAGCCCUAGCCAUCCACGUCACCAUGCCACCUGGCGACAUCCUCAUCUUCAUGACGGGCCAAGAAGACAUCGAGGCCACCUGCUUCGCCCUCGCCGACCGCCUCGAGCAGAUGGCAGCCGGGGCAGCCCGCGCCCCGCCGCCCCUCUCCAUCCUCCCCAUCUACUCCCAACUCCCGGCCGACCUCCAAGCGAAGAUUUUCCAAAAGGCCGAGGAAGGUACCAGGAAAUGCAUCGUGGCGACGAAUAUCGCCGAGACGUCCCUGACCGUUGAUGGGAUCUUGUACGUGAUCGACGGUGGAUACAGCAAGAUCAAGGUCUACAACCCCCGCAUGGGAAUGGACGCGCUGCAAGUCUUCCCCAUCAGCCGAGCCGCAGCCGACCAGAGGGCCGGCCGAGCCGGACGGACAGGUCCGGGGACGUGCUACCGGCUGUACACAGAAACAGCCUACGCAAACGAGAUGCUGGCGAAUCCGGUCCCGGAGAUCCAGCGCACCAACCUCGGGAAUGUCGUGCUUCUUCUCAAAUCCCUCAACAUAGAUAACCUUCUAGACUUUGACUUUCUAGACCCGCCUCCCCAGGAGAACAUUCUGAACUCCAUGUACCAGCUUUGGAUUCUAGGAGCACUGGACAACACAGGAGCAUUGACCAAGACGGGGAGGCGGAUGGUUGAGUUUCCUUUAGACCCUGCGCUGGCGAAACUGCUGAUCUCCGGGGAUCAGUUUGGGUGUGUGAACGAGACGCUGACCAUGGUGGCCAUGCUCUCGGUGCCGUCGGUGUUCUUCCGCCCCAAGGACAGGGAAGAGGAGUCCGACGCUGCCCGGGAGAAGUUUUUCGUGCCCGAAAGCGACCACCUGACGCUCCUAAACGUCUUCCAGCAGUGGAAAUCCAACGGGUAUCGCGGCGACUGGUGCUCAGACCACUACCUCCACGUGAAAGGGCUGCGAAAAGCCCGCGAGGUGCGAGCCCAACUAGCCGAUAUCCUCAAGCAGCAGAAGAUUCCGCUGUCUAGCGCGGGUCAGGACUGGGAUGUGGUGCGUCGGGCGAUCUGCACGGCUUAUUUCCACCACGCGGCGAAGCUGAAGGGCGUGGGGGAGUAUGCGAGCUGCCGUACCGGCACCCCGUGCCACCUGCACCCCACAAGUGCUCUCUAUGGGCUCGGAACGACCCCGGACGAGGCCGGCCUCCGCAUUCUGCGGGCCGGCGGCAACGCGGCGGACGCGGCGGUCGCCAUGGCGGCAGCCCUUGCGGUGUGCGAACCGUGCAGCACCGGACUAGGCGGAGACGCCUUCCUCCUCUUCUACCGCGCCUCAACCCGCACCGUCCACAGCAUUCAGGGCAAUGGCCGCUGCCCCGCCGCGCUCUCCCUCCCCCACCUCGCCGCGCUGGGAUUCUCCCCCGCGCGCCCGCUCCCCCCCUUCCACCCGCUCACCGUCACCGUCCCCGGCGCCGCCGCCUGCUGGGUCGACGCCAUCCAACGGUUCGGAUCGCGCCACGUGUCGCUCCGGGAGGCGCUCGAGCCGGCUGUACAGCUAGCGGAAGGUGGUUGGCCCGUGCCGCCCCUGACAGCUGGACAGUGGGAGCGAGGCGUGGAGCAGUUGAAGCAGGGAGGGCCACAUGGCGGCGAGCUAUUGGUGGACGGGGAGCGGGCUCCGAGGGCGGGCGAGGUGUUUAAGAACCAGGCCAUGGGCAGCACACUGAGACUGCUGGGAGAGAAAGGCAAGGAAGGUUUCUACACAGGCCAAGUAGCCGAAGCGAUAGUCACAGCUGUGCAAGCCCAAGGCGGCCUGCUCUCCCUGCAAGACCUCGCCUCGCACGCCUCCUCCUUCGCUCCCCCCAUCAGCACCACUUUCCACAGGCUCACCAUCUGGGAGGUCCCUCCCCCCACGCACGGCCUCGCCGCACUCAUCGCUCUCAACAUCACCGAGGCUUACUACUCCACGCACGGGCUUCCCGAGCCUGCCCGGGAGGCUCGGAGAGGUGGGCCCGAACCUGCGGGCGAGGCUCGGGAGGAGGGGUGGGUUAAGGGGGAGGCGGAUUAUGCUCAUGUGAUGAUUGAGGCGAUGCGGAUGGGGUUUGCAGAUGCGCUGGCGUGUGUGGCUGACCCGGAACACGUGCAGGUGCCUCUGGGGGAGGCUUUAUCUAAAGGGUACGCAGCCAAACGAGCCGGGGAGAUCGAUCUAAACCGGGCAGCGAUUGUGGAGCCAGGGAUUGGGGCGUGGGGAGGAGUGGGGACCGAUACGGUGUAUUUCUGUGCGGUGGACGGGGAGGGCAAUGCGUGCAGCAUGAUCAACUCAAACUACAUGGGUUUUGGCACGGGGAUUGUUCCCAAGGGGUGCGGCUUCCCCCUGCAGAACCGCGGGCAUAACUUCUCACUAGACCCCUCCCAUCCCAACUGCCUGGCGCCUGGUAAACGCCCCUACCAUACUAUUAUUCCUGGCCUCGCCACCUUGGGGGAUACCCCCUCUCCUGCAGCAGCAGCAUCAGCGGCAGCGUCAGCGGCAUCAUCGGCAACAGGAGGAGGAGGAGCAGAGGGAGCAGCAGCAGCAGCAGCAGCAGCAGCAGCAGGAGUAUCGGCAGCAGCAGCAGGAGGAGGAGAAAACGCAGCAGAAGAAUCAAGAGCAGACGCAGGGUUGCCCGCAGGGGACCUGCACUGCACGUUCGGGGUAAUGGGGGGAUUCAUGCAACCCCAGGGCCACCUACAGGUGGUAACCAGCCUCGCCCUGCUCUCCCUCAACCCCCAAUCCGCCCUCGACCGCCCCCGCUUCUGCCUCUCCGGCCUCCCCUCCCUCGACCCGCCCGGGCACGGGCCUGGGCCAGCAGAUGGCUGUGCCUUAGGGGUUUUAGGUGGCGGAGGAGUUGAGGAGGGGGCAUCGGGUGGAGGUGGUGCGGGGGGGGACGAGGGAGGUGUUUGGGAAGGGGCAGGUGAUUGUGCGGGAGAGGGGGAGUGGCGUGCUGUGGGGGGGUUCGGAGGGACGGGCUGA